UACUGGUUCUCAGAGCAAUGUUUUUAUUUAACAGCUGUAAACUUCUGAACAGUACUGUUCGGCGAAUUGUUCAAGGUCCAAAAUAUUUCAACGGUCCAAUUAUGGGGAGUUCAUGUUCAAGAUCAUUUUCACCCAACAGUGGACAGCCAAAAAAUAGAAAUGGUGCUGUAACCUCUGUUGAACCAAACAGUGAAUAUGUAGAAGAGGUUGUGUGUAAAGUGAAUGACAUCAAUGAAAAUGAAAUGAAGGUAUUCGAUAUUGGAGAGGAUGGGAAAGUAUUGGUAGUGAAACAGAAGGGUGAGAUCAAUGCUUUGGGUACUAAGUGUACUCAUUAUGGGGCUCCAUUAUCCCAGGGGGCUCUUGGUGACGGGAGAAUUAGGUGCCAAUGGCAUGGCGCUUGCUUCAACUUGAAGACUGGAGAUAUUGAAGAUUUCCCCGGUUUUGAUUCAUUGCCCUGUUAUCAAGUUACAAUCACUAAAAAAGGAGAGGUCAAGGUAAGGGCAAAGAAGAGUGAUUUGAAGACGAACAAGCGGACAAAGGAAUUGGUGGAGGUGACGGAAUUGGAGGAUACCUCCGUGGUGAUAGUGGGUGGUGGUCCAUCGGGCGGCACCUGCGCAGAAACACUGAGGAGCGAGGGCUUUAAAGGAAGAAUCACGCUUAUAUGCAAAGAGAAAUACUUGCCGUAUGACAGAGUUAAAGUCUCGAAGGUAAGUCAGAUCCCGGAAGUAUCUAAACUAGAGGCCCGCACCGACGAUUACUACAGCAAAGCGAAGAUCGAUGUCCUUAAAAACAAUGAAGUAACUAAAGUUAAUACAGAGGAAAAUUAUGUCCAAUGUAAAGAUGGUACAAAAGUUCCCUAUAAAUACUUAUAUCUCGCCAGCGGGACCAAAGCCCGUGUCCCGGACGUUCCAGGCGUAGGUAUGAAAAAUAUUUUCACUGUUAGGGAUUACGACGAUUCUGUUAGUAUCUUCACCGCUCUGGGCGAUCAAAAAGAUAAAAAUGUUGUUGUUCUGGGCUUUGGAUUCAUCGGUCUGGAAAUAGCGUCUACAUGUGUCGCCAAGGCGGAAUCCAUGACUGUCGUCGGUAAAGACACCGCCCCGCUCGCAAAUAUAUUUGGAACGAGUGUCGGUCAAAAUAUACAAAAACUAUUCGAAGAUAACGGUAUCAAGUUUGUUUUUGAAACCACUAUCGUGAAAUGCGACGGUGAGAACGGUUAUAUCAAAUCUGUGGAAUUGGCCAAUGGUGCUGUACUUCCGGCUGAUAUACUUGUUUUGGGUGUGGGAACCACAUAUUACACCGAUUACCUAAAAGGCAGCGGUGUCGAUAUGCGACCGGACGGUUCCAUAGAAGUCAACGAAAUGUUAGAAACAAAUGUUAAGAACGUUUAUGCCGGUGGAGAUAUCGCUUAUGCCCCUGUGUUUGCUUUGAACAACGCUAAAUCGACGAUCGGACACAUAGGUUUGGCCCAAUAUCACGGUCUGAAUGUUGCAAAAACGAUAGCGGGUAAAGGGUCACCGAUUCGCGCCGUGCCGUUCUUUUGGACGAUGCUAUUCGGGAAAUCAAUCCGUUAUGCUGGUUGUGGCAGACCUGUCAGCUCGCAGAUUGUUGGCGAUGUAUCUGAACUAAAGUUCGUCAUAUUUUUCUUCGAUGAAGCGGAAAAAGUAAUCGCGGUGGCGUCAUGUAUGAGAGAUCCAAUUGUAUCACAGUUCGCUGAACUCUUGUCCCAGGGCAAAUCGCUCCACAAGAAGGAUCUCGCCGAAGAUCCGUUUGUUUGGACAAAAUGGAUUAAUUAAAUCUCACAUUAUCAAAGUACCAACACGUACAAAAUACGCUAUUAUCUUUGUAUAAUUUAUUAUAUAAACUUAACUAUCAUUAAAACAUUUAAAUAAUCUAUGCAGGUACUAAAAUAGUUUCUGUUGUGGCUAUAUACUGGCUAAAUAGUCGUACUGGAUAUUUGUUUAACAAAAAUGUUAAUAUGUCACUUAUAAAAUGUGAUUAUAAAGAAUUAGUUCUGCUAUUAUUUAUUUAUUGCUGUAAGAAGAGUACUUUAGACGCAUUUAAAUUAAGUAUUGAUACUUGUGGAGUAUUAGCAACUGAUAUUUACUUAUUUUUUUUCGGGCACAAUUAGUAAUAAUAUUAUUUAUUAAAAUAACACAAAUGUCAAGUAUUUUUCAUUCUGUGCAGUUGUUUUGUAAUAGAAAAGAAAUUGUCUAAGUAAUAUAUCUAUAAUUACUGACACUUGCGUCAGGAAUCUGUGAAUAUUACUUUUUUUUUUAAAUAUGCUAUGGCUUCAUACACUCUACUAAUUACCUCUCUGUUUACAAAUACGUCAAAACAUGACAGUUAUUAUGAUCAUUUUUUACGAAGAUACUUCGUGGUGUUUUAAGUACUGGUUAAAAUAUAACUAGACUUUUCAUACAAAAAAAAAAAAAAUGGCCUUUGUGAUAGGUAUGGCCUUUAUCCUCGUGUUUUCUCCACACAGUAUUCAAAAUUAUAAUUCGAUGAUAAAAUAAAAACGUUGAUAUUUGCAAAAUAUUCACAAUUCCAGUGUGAACGAAGCCAUAGCUUAAUAAAACAUAUAUUUAGAUUUAGAAUAAUGCAGUAUUCUUAAGAGAUUUUGCAUUGUCACAGUGGAUACGGAGCGUUGAUAGAGUUUCAUUAUAAAUGUUAGCAUAUAUUAUUUUCGUAGGUUAUGAGAUACGGAAAAUGCUUAGUAUGCAAUAUCCGGUUAGCAUAAUGGUGCUUAUAGUAAGUCGCUCUCCUUGUCUAAAAAAUAUAUUUUUAAAUCCAAUAUAUCUGUGAUAACUCUAUGCCCACAGAAUCCUUUAACCCCAGUAGAUUACGUGAGAUAUUAAAUAUUUUUUAUCUAUCAAUAUUGUUUCAUUGUGGUACCAUAUGUUUGUCUUUUAUAUUCUGUAUUUAAAGUCCACAAGUCCGUGUAUUAAAAAUGUAUUAUUACUGAAGUAUUAUGGUAUUUUAUCAGCGGUUAUGGUGGUAGUAUUAAUUCAGAUUUUUAAAUGUAUACAUAUUUUACCUUAUUUGUAAGUGUCUACGUAUUGUGCCCGUUUGGUAUUUAUAUAGUUACCCUGAAAGAUGUAUGUUUACCCUAAAAGUUGGUAAACCCAAAAGCUGGGAUACUAAAUAUUUGUAUAACUUCUAUAAGCUUGCUUAUUGUAAUAACAAUACAACUGUUAGCAGAUUACCCAAAACCAUCCAUAGUUAUUAUAGUCUAUUUUCUACUUUUUAAAUUUAUUUAAAUUUAUAUAACAACAUAUAUGUCUUCAAAUGUUUAAACCACUGAUUGGUAAUUAAUUUAACACUUUUUCUAUGUAUUUCCUUAAAAACAAAAUAAUAAAGUAUUUGUUAUGAAA